CACGACUCACUUCUGGCACGAGUUUGAGUCCAUUUGCUCAAAUUCUUUUUUUCCAGUUUUUGUCGAACUUAAUAAAUACAAAAUAAAUUAAUUUAAUGGUGACGACAACAAUUGACCAAUUAUAACUUUAAGAUGACAAGUUGUGGAAUGUGGAUGGAGUUACACUUGAGCAUCAAUUAGUUGAAAGAUAACACAGAUUUAUUAGUCGUGGACCGCUCCAAGUAUGGACCAGGCAUCACUUGAUUUUGGUCAACCGACCGACGUCAUGGGAUUUGGUCAGUUAUCCGGCGAGAUAAGCAAUGUUGAUGCUCCUCCUCCCCCAAAACCGAGGAAACGUCCCCGACGCCUAACCCCCGAGGAGAAGGCGGUCAUGCUAGAAAAACGAAAAAAGGCCAUCCCCGAAAUCCUCGGCCCCCUCGUGGAAAUCUCCGUAGAAAACGGGAUCUACAUCUGCGUCACGUGCGGUUUUAGUACUGGGUCGCACUACAAGGAAAAUUGGAGACGAGUACAAAUUAUUAAGAUGCACAUCAGAACGAAGCAUUUAAACGCUUAUCGAUGUCAUUUGUGCGAAAAGAAGUUUCUCAGUAAUAAAGGUUACCAGCUUCACCUGAGAACGAUGCAUCCCCCCGAAGACCUUACGUCCCUCCAUCUUUGCAACAUCUGUGGAAAAUCCGUCUCCGACAUAGACGCACAUUUAUGGCAUCACAAGACCCCCGAGGAAAAAGAGCAAGUCAUCCAGUCCGGAAAAGGCUUCGCACUCUUGCCGUGCGACCGGUGUGGCAAAGAAUUUGUGGGGUUCGACAAACUCCUGGCGCAUCAAUCGAUCGGGAAUCGGUGCAAAGGGACUGGACCAAGAAAGUAUCCGGUCGUAGCCAAGACUAGGAAACGAGAAUUCAGGACUAUAAAUCGACGAAAAUUCCACCCUACCGAUCGAGGUUCAACCAUCCCGAAACGGGCAUGUCCCACGUGUGGCAAAAUGGUAAUCGUGCAAAACCUCCCGCAACAUGAGUGGACCCAUAAAAAUGCGAUGGAAAAAGAAGAGUGUAUACAACUCGGGACGGCACCAAUGCGUCGGUGUCACGUGUGCGACAAACUUAUCACUCGCGCAGGUUUAAAGAAACAUGUGGAAAUGCAUUACAAGCGAGAGGGGGAGGAGGGGGCAAAUUUCCCGUGUGAGUGGGAAGGCUGUGAGCGCAAAUUUUGGCAAGAGAAAUACUUGAUCUGUCACAGAAAAAUGGACCAUGAAGGUGUUACGCUUACCCGAAAAGAGAGAGAGGAAUUCGGAGUUGGAUCGUUCCGAUGUCCCGACCCAGCCUGCUCAUCGCGUCGCUUUUCGACGCAGUUCAACUUGCAAGAUCACAUUGGUCGUCGCCACAAGUCUCGGGCUGAACGUCCCUUCAAAUGCGACAUUUGUCAGGCGAGGUUCCUCAUCAGCACUGAUCUCAUGAAACACUCGCGGAAUCACCUCCCACGUGCCGAGUUUACCCUCACGUGCCCCCAAUGUCCGGUCCUAUUUGCUAGGCCCAACCAAUUAAGGCUGCACUUAACUAUAGAGCAUUUCGUCCCGAAGGAAAGCAAGGCGGAGAGAUAUCGCAAGUAUUGCGAGGGAAAGAAAAUUGAAGCACAAAAACUAGGUGGACGACCCCACAAGUGCGACAUCUGUCGAUUGGGCUUCGUCCUCAAAACGGGCCUCGCCGUGCAUCUGAAGAAUCACCGUCCCCGAGAAGACUUCACGAUUACGUGUCCUCAUUGUCCGGGCUUAUUUGCUGCAUCAUCAUUGUUAAGGUUGCAUUUAACCAGGUUCCAUUCGCUGCCAAAGGAAACCUAUGCAGAGAAACAUCGAAGAUAUUCCGAGACCAGGAAACAAGCCAAGAAGAAGAAGAUGGUCGAAAGUGACAGCGAAUUGAGUGGUAAUGACGCUCCGCCAUCAUCAUCCCGGAGAAUGACGAGAUCUGGUUCAAAACGAGUCAAAAUUGAGCUUAUUCCCGAUAACGGGAUUGAAAUUAAGGAAGAAGAUUACGCCAUUCGAGAUGUCCUUUCUUCUCCUUCGGAAUGGGCUGAGGAUGACGAUUACCCCGAUUAUAUGUCCAAUUUAGGGUCAAGCGUUGAGAUCAAGUCGGAAGAUGAAGAGUCAAACGGUGACCUGGACGACACGAUGGAGGGUGACGACGAGAUCAAAGAGGAAAUGGACGACGAUAUUGACGACGACGCACGUGACCUAGGCCACGAUACAGACACUCACACCACCACGAUGGAGGGUGACGGCGAGGUCAAAGAGGAACAGAACGACGACAUUGAUGGCCUUUGCGACGACACACGUGAUAAGGCCGAUGACCCCAAUGACCUGGACGAGAGCGAGUUCUUGUUUGACUACGAGAGGUCCUACUCUCCCUCCGCGCUCGAAAUGGGGGAUCCGUUGAAAGAAAUUGAGGACGACGACGAGUCCGCCUUUUGUAUAACUCCACACCUCUCGAAGAGAAGAAAAAUGGGACCCUCGGAGAAAAUUAGCACAGCACGGCCCCGAAAAUCACCGGGAUCGCCCCCUCUUAAAAAUUGCGGCUUCGAGAAGAACACAAAGCAGUUAAAAAUUUCGCACAUUGCGCCGCAUACCUUCAAGUGCCCCACGUGCGGAAAAUCCUUCGUCAAAGAAGACACCUUCCUUCGCCACGUGGAAUGCGGUAACGGCUGCACCGCUCCUUCGUCUCCCUCCACGUUUGACUGCGAAACAACGCGGAACGCCCACUUGAAGUGCGCCCUCUGCGCACAUAAAUUCCCUGACUCCCACGAGCUCGCGAUGCAUAUGGUCAUUCGCCACGAAACUGGCGAAAAGAAAUUCCCCUGCAUUAAAUGCGGCAAAAGAUUUGUCCUCGAGGAAAAUUUACGGCGCCACAUUGACCUGCACAAGAUCGAGGCGGAGAAACCCAUGGUUUGCGACGUUUGCGACUCCCGAUUCGAAGGCAAGGAGCUACUGCAGCGCCAUGUCGCGUCGCACAAUGCGAAACGCUUUAGUUGUACCGAAUGUGAGGCAUGUUUUUCCGGUAGAGAAAACUUGGAGAGACACAUCCGCCUCCGCCACACGGGUGGAAAACUGGCGAAAUGUGACCAGUGCGAGGAAUCCUUCACCGACAAGGCUGCCCUUGUUCGGCACGUGGGGAGCGUUCAUACACGUGGCAACCACAUCUCCCCCGAAUACCCGCGUGAUCACAUCAAAAGGAAGCACGAGGGGUCCAGCGAUACCCAUUUUCUGAUUACAACCACGCUGCAAAAGACACACACAGAGCGGCUCUUUCUCUGCCCGCAUUGCGAGUCUGCCUUCAAAGUGAAGAAAACUUUAAGUCGUCAUAUCAAAAAGAUUCACACGUCGGGCGACACCACCCCGUCGCCACAUCGCUGUCCCCAUUGUGAUACAGGGUUCAAAAUCGUGUCCCUGCUUGAUGCCCACGUGCGACAAAUGCACGUGGGCGAGCGGCCCUUCAUCUGCUGCCAGGACGGGUGUAGAAGCACCUUUACGCAAAAGAGAUCGCUUCUCUUGCAUUUGAGCAAUGCGCAUAAAGUUGGCGGGAAGUAGGGCGGGGUCAAACUGCCGAGUCAGAAAAGAGAGGAUAUGAUAGAAAGUGCAAAUUUAUGAAUAGGGUGGAAUUUUCCAUCAGAAAUUUAUUCGGUUAACCGUGAAUAUGAUGUAAGUAGAUUACUUAAAAUUUAACGUGAUCUGUUGUGCAUUGUUUAGAUUCGUGGAUUAAAUUAUAUAUUUCUACAGCGAAAUAAAAUUAUCAACAACAAAU